UUUUUGUUACUAUUUUCGUGUUGUCGGCAUGCGAUCAGCAUGAUAAUAGACGUAGCAUGAUAAUAGAUGUAGCACGUAUGAAGGAGAAGUUUGUAUAAUUAGAAAAAUGGAUAAAACGGCCGUAUUAAUGAAAUGGAUUUUCAUAUAUCUCUGUCUGCUUCAUUGCUGCUUUUGUGCGCGUAUUCUCGAAGAACCGAAAGUACAUUUUCUCAAUGCAGGUGAUACUGUGGAAAAUAAUAAUCCUGGAUUAAAAACAUAUUGCCAUACUGCUACAUCAAAGUACUUGGCACAUAUAUGGAGAACUAUGACUAUGCAUCUGGAUAUUAAUUCAGAUUCCUAUACUUUGUAUGAUGGCAAAACCCCGGAAGAAAUUCAUCAAAAACACAAUGAUAAUCAGAAAUCAUGGAACUUUAAUUUGUUUGAUACAAAAAAACAUAAACAAUUAAAAAUCAACCCUUUUGAAGAUACAUGUAUAGGAGUUUACAUAGAAUCUUCUAAUGAAUCUGGAUAUAUAACAAAUCUAACAGAAACACGUAUCAAUGUUUGGAGAUUGACAAUGAUGAUAAUAGGUAUUAUUAUUUUCUGGUACGCAUAUAUAUUAAGUCGAAAUUCAUUAUUUUAUUAUGCUUGUGGCAUAAUAUUUGGGGUCACUUUAUCGAUUAUACUUUUAACAUAUAUGGCAGGAAAAUUGAUACCACGGGGAAAAGUUAUGUACUUAAUGUUUGCUGUACCAAUGAGUCUUUAUCUUGCUCAAGUAUUGUGGGAAAAUACGCAUUUAAUUAUAGUACAAUACAGAGAAUGGGUUAUGUGGUACAUUCUUGUUACCUCUCUGAUUAGCUUUGUAAUUUGUUAUCGUUUUGGUCCAGUUACCAAUAAAAGAACAAAACAAAUAAUACAAUGGUUUUUGCAGCUUAUAGGAUUGGCAAUGGUAUAUAAUAGCAGUCACUUUUAUGAAGCAUCCUUUUCAUGCUGCAUUAUACUCGUACUUCUUUAUAAUUUUCCAAAGGCAGCGCUCGAAAGAGGAAAGAGGUAUUGGCAAACUGUGUUUCCGGAAAAGCGAAAAUUAUUAAAUGAGGAUCAAUAUUAUCAAGAAGGAAUACGGCAUACUAGGAAAUCUCUAAAAGAAUUACAAAACUAUUGUUCUAGUCCAGAAUGUAAUCCUUGGAAGACAGUUUUAAGAUUAAAAGAUCCUAUAAGGUUUGCAAAAUUUAUGGAAGGAGAACCACAUUUGUCUAAAUAUGAGAUUGAAGAGCACGAAGAAGAAGUAUCGAAAAUUUUAGAAAAAGACGAAUACACAGAUGAUGAUGAUGAUGACUAUUAAAUAUAAAUGCUUAAAUAAGGAUUCAAUAAUAUGUAGAAAU